UAUAUUAUAUUUGGUUUACUAAUAUUAAACCGACUCUAUUUUAAUAUAUAUAUAUAUAUAUGUAUAUAUAAGAUAUAGCUUUUAAAGUUUUUAUUACCUUUAAUAAAUAAUUAUACUAGAUUUGUUAAUAUAUAAUUACCCAUAAAUUUAAAACGAUUUUCAUUAAUUUGAUAAUUAUCAUUAUCCAAAUGUUUUCUUUAUUAUGUUAUCCAAAAUAUUUUACAUCAUAAUAUUUUUAAAAUAAAUAUAAAUUGUUGUAUAUAAUUUUAUGUAUAUAUCAAUGUUUUGAGGUAUAUUUUACGUAAUAAAAGAUGUUUUAUUAAAAAUAAAAAAUUUAUCAUAUAUAAAAAUCUUAAUAUUUAAAAUUAUUUCAAAAGCACGAAAAUAAUUUAUUUUAAUGUGUUUGAUAUAUAUACAUUUACAAAUUUUUGUAAAAUUAUUAAGUCUGCAAAUGCAGAAAAGACACCUAGUUAUCAUAUUAACAAAUAAUAAUUAAUAAGUGAAAGGAUAAGAUAAAACAUAACCUUUUAAAAAACCCGCCUUUGACCAUCUUCAAUGUUAUACAAUAAUUUUGUCUAUAUUUCGAUCUAAAAUAGAGUAACUAUAUUAUAGUGUUAGAUUUGUUGUAAUGGUUCGCUCUAUAAUAUAGUAAAAUAUAGAGUAAUAUUGUUUUUCUACUCCAAAUAUUCUACACUAUUAUAAAGUAAACUAUUGGCACAAAUUCAUUUCUAUAAGGGAGUAACUCUAUUUUAGAAUCAAAUAUAGAAAAAAAAUACUGUAUACUAUUGGAGAUGUAUUAAAUAGACAACAUAAAAUAUAAGUAAUAUACGGUGAAAAAACAGAAUACUAGUAUCUUUUAACCGAUAAUCUGCAAAUUUGUAAGCAAAAAGAAGAAAACUCUGACUUGUUUUGGAAUGCACCCGUCUCUUCGACAACUCGUUUAUAACCCAGCGGACAAACUCUCAAUCACGCCGCCAGAUCAAAUACAUUUAAUAUGACCAUAGAAAAGCCAACCAUUUUUUAGCAAAAGAAGUAUUGGAACAUGAGAGACAUUACAUACAGAAACAUUGAGAAAAAAUAAUAUACUCAAUUGAGUGUUAUGUCUUCCUCUGCAACCUUUUUCGUUCUGACCCAUUUUCAUUCACUAAAACUUCAACUUCUCUUCUCCCUUGUUCCUCCCAAAACCUCCACGCCUAAGCCUCUUCUUUAUUUUGUUUUUAUCCUCAGAGUCUCUUUAUUUUAUUUGUAUCCUCACAAUCUCUGCUUUUUCUUCUAACUUUUUUUCUUCUCUCUGACUUCAAGCUUUCUUUCUUAGGGUUUAUCUUUUCAAUGGCUCCACCUCUCAAUCCAAAAGCCCCUGAAUUUUAUCCAAAAAAUCGAGCUCAAGAACUUUCACAAAAACCGAAAUUUCUUUCAUUCACCACUUUCAGUGUUAAGCCGGGAAAGCUCAGUCGACCCAAAUGUCUACCUCCGAGAUUGUUGAAGCAGAAGGUUUGGGUCCCAAACAACCGAAAUUUUCUGCCAAGAAAACCUCUUCCUCCUCCAAAAGAAGCUGAGCUCAAAUCUCCUCAUUCUCCACAAGAAGAUACUCUCAAAUCUCUGUCUGGUGACAAAACAUCUGUUAUGAUUCGAAACAUUCCAAACAUGUUUGGACGAAAGGAUCUUCUGAGGAUUUUGAACAUUCAUUGUCGAAGAGAGAACAAAGUUCAACAACAAAUUCCUUCUUCCUAUGACUUUCUCUAUUUACCCAUGGAUUUUGUGAAACACGCGAACUUAGGGUACGCUUUUGUGAACUUCACGAGCUCAGUCGCAGCUGAGAGAUUCCGGAGAGAAUACGACAAUUUCUUAUGGGUCGGCUUUGAGUACAAGAAGAUUUGCGAAAUCUCUGAAGCCAAGUAUCAGGGGAAAGAAGAGUAUACUCAACAUUUCAAGGACUCUAGGUUUCCUUGCCACACCGACCACUAUCUUCCGGUGAUUCUCUCCCCGCCUAGUGAUGGUUUCACAUGUUACAGCGUCGCGACCCUCGGAUACAGAGUCAGCACACGUGGCGGUGGAACAGGCCGUCGCAUCCAGGUCGCUUGAUCUUUUAGGGUCUCGAAG